AUGAAUAGACGUGGGACCACACUUUUUAAUUUCUCCAAAAAGUGCCUUCGGGAUUGCAAAACACAUCAUUUGGACAUCAAUAAUAUAUUAAUAUCAUCGCCAUUACUCUCCAAACACACAUCAUUGUUCAUGAAUAAUGAUCAGCACAAUCAAUUAAAUUUCCAUAUUUUAUCAACCCGUCAUAUAAAGUCAUCAUCACCUUCUGAUUCAUCAUUCCUCUUAUUUCCACAUUCAAGUUCUGAAGAGAUGGAACCUGCUCAACAAUAUCACAAUACUGUUUCCGAUGCAUUACCACAAACAACCAUUUCACAACAAGAAUUAGGAAGAUUAUACGAGCAGCAGGUCAUUCAAUUUCUAUCACAAGAACUUUAUGAUUUCCAACUCUCACCAACACUCUCCUCUCACGAUCAGGGAAUUGAUUUUAAAGGAUUUUGGAAUUUACCAUUCAAAUGUAAACUAACAUCUCAACCCAUCCCUAUUUUGGGACAAUGUAAAAGAGAAAAGGAUACAACAGGCGUGAAAUCGAUACGCGAAUUUGAGGGAGUAUUAAGCCAUUAUCAUGUAAGAGAACAAGGUGCCAAUAAUACUAUUCAGAACAGAACACAUUCAAUGAAUCAAAACAACUUUGACAAUGAGUUGUCGACUAGACACCACGAGGCACAAUCAAGUAGAGUGAUUGGACUAUUUGUGAGUUAUUCAGGAUUUACAGAAUUUGCAGUUCGGCAAGCAAAUGAUUCCAAAUUUCCAAUCAUACUGGUUCGUUUAAGUUCACAUAACGAAGGUAAAAGAAAUAAGGUAACAACAACCACAGCCGCUACCGAAACAGCUGUUCCAUUCGAUGACUCUAUUUCAGACGAAUACAUUCUCACCUAUUUUUGCAUGAAUCAUGCGGCACAGAACAUCAUUCCAGGAUUAAGCACAUCAGUGGUGCGACGAAGUGACGGAAACAAGUACAUUACUUUCCAAACUCGAUGA